CUAACAUUUUGAAAUGUGAUGCUUUUGUUCAGUAAUGAACCUAGUGCAGGGAUCUACUGGCUGAUAGGCUGGCAAUGCCGCGGUCCUGCGCUCUAUGGGAGAUACACAAUGAUCUGCAAAUGUUUUUGUUAAGAUUAUCGGAAAUCUGUUGAGCAGAUAACAAGCUGUGAUUGUGAAUUGUACACACCAUUAAACAGCAGAUCUUCAUUAUCUGAAGAGGAUUACAAUCGUAACUACUCUAUACAGCUAGGAUCCAAACAAUUUUACUUUGACGUGAGAUGUCUAACAUUGACCAUGUUAUCAAGUUGACAAUUAGUAUUUGGACUUAGUACAUUUGAAAUAGAAGAUUCUUAAGACAAUAUUUAAUAAUAUACAGAUGAAAAAGUAUUUUUGUUAAGUUCGUGUGUGGACAAAAUGAAAAAAGACUUUCUGUGCUUGACGGGAAGGAAAACGUCUUUGAAAUUAAAAAAAAAUGGAGUAAUUGUACAUAAAUAAAUCUCUUAAUUUUUAGAUUUGUCAACACAGUGUUUCUUAAAACGUUUCAAUUGCAAGGGACUGAAUGACUAUUUUCUAAACCUGAAGUGGACUACUUUUCAGAAUACUGAAUACUAGGGACUGCUUAAAAUAUUAAGUCUUAGUGGAUUAAGGUGAUGUUAGAGAGGCUUGAAGGUUUGUCAUGAUGGAUCUCCAUCAAACACGGAACACGAUAAGCUAAUAAAAAAACCUCCUGAUCGCAGACUGUUACUGUGAGAUUCACAAAGAAGAGAGGACCCAUUCACCAGUGUUACAGUCAUCUACUAUAAAAUUCAAAUGGGCGAACUACAAACUGGCAUAUUUGCACAAGGGAUACAUCAUGUAGGCAACUACUUCAUCAUGGACUCGGAGCCGCUCGUCAACAAACCUUACGAGCAGCUGCAGAUGGAGUCUGCGAGUCGGCUCGAGAAGAAGAAAUCCACUUCCCUCAGCGAGAAGUGCACGAGCGUCAAGAACAACGUGUGCGAGAAACAGUUCCUGAUGACCAGCGGUCAGCUUGACCGUGACAUCUCCUCACACCUGCGCCACCUCUACCAGCACACCAGCAAGCUCCGCCACGAAGUCAAGGUGCUCGAACUCAACAAACGCAAGCACGAGGUUGAGUUCAAGAAGAGACUGGAACCCGACCGCGACUUCAGUUACGACGAAACUCAGCUGUCGAAAACCGAGAAAAGGCUCGGAGUGAAUAUUGAAUCGUUUUAUUUAAACAAAAAACUGCGGUAUCCCGUCCGCGAGAAGGUGUCCAGUGAUUUGAUUAUUACUCCAAUGGUGGCCAGGGCACGGCAUUCGUUACAGGAGCAUAAAAAGCAGAAGAAAGUUGAGAGAGAAAAAGAAAGAAUGCUAACAGCCAAAUCAGUGACGUCCAGUCAGGGCUUUGAUUCCGAUGUGAGCCGGGUGCCUCGUCGAGGACGGAUUGCCUCCAAGUCGGCUCCUUUAACCACAAAGAAUUGUCCCAUCUCUCGCGACAGGAACAAAAGCAAUUCACGAUUCCCCGACAUUCAGGGCAGCAGUCUAGAUGGGGGAGGCGCACACAGUGGCCAUCACGGUCCACCAAACAAAGUGAAAUUUGCCUUUGGAAACCCGAUGAAAAUCUUAACACAUCCUGACAGUCAGCCUGAUUUUGUGCGGUCGCACAUUUUUCAUGGAGUGCGACAGUAUUCCUCAUACACCCUGGACAGCUCUGAUGACGACAGUGAUACUGGACUACCAGAACGCAUUGACUUACGUGCAAUUUUGUUUGGCAAGUCCGAAGACAAUCAGCCCGACCGUGAUACCCUGUCGGUUAAAUCUCAUCCCGCUAGUACAGCACCACAGGCUCAAAUCCCUAUCAUACGGCGGGCAGGGAGUAAUAUCCCUCAGCAACAAACACAAGAGAAACUUCGCAAAGAGGCCAGACACAUACAGGACAAAGUUGUGACAUUCCUCCACCGUCUCGAGACCGAUCCUCUCAUCAGAGGCAAAACCAGAGAGGAAUUCUCCGAUGAUGAAGACCUGGUCGAAGACCCACACAGCACCAUUGGUUACAUACUACCGAAAUCAAAACCGAAACCACAGCACAAGGCCGAAGUAGCUGAAAAACCCAAAGAGGAAGAAACGGAACCUGAAAACGACGAAAGUGAAGAAGUUGAGCGAGAGAAGAAGAAGAUAAAUCCAAAGGAGGCGUGGAAGCUGAUCCGUGGUCACACACAAGACAGCAGUCUGCGAGGAGCGCACACCCCCGCCGACCUCGUGCUGCAGCAACUCACCGGCAUCCUGCUGGUGGGCGGCAAGAAGGGCCACAUCCCGCUCCACUCGGCUAGUCGAGCUCUGCGCCACACGGCCACCUUCAAGAUGCGCAAAGUCGUCGAACAACUCAUAGAAGGCAGAACCCGCUUCCAACAACAUGAAGUGAACGAGCUGAAGAAGCAAAUGGAGGGUGAAGAGAACACCCAGGCGGCAAGCGAAGGUUCGGAAGUGAUAGAAACAGUUGCCUAGAAACCAAAAUAUUUAAUUGUUCGGAAGUGAUAGAAACAGUUGCCUAGAAACCAACAUAUUUAAUUGUUCGGAAGUGUUAGAAACAGUUGCCAGGAAACCCAAAUAUUAAAUUGUUCGGAAAUGGUAGAAACAGUUGCCUAGAAACCAAAAUAUUAAACUGUUCGGAAGUGUAGAAACAGUUGCCUAGAAAUCAAAAUAUUAAACUCUUCGGAAGUGAUCAAAUUAGUUGUCUGGAAAUCAAAAUAUUAAACUGUUCUGAAGUGAUAGAAACAGCUGUCUGGAAAUCGAAAUAUUAAACUGUUCGGAAGUGAUAGAAACGGUUGCCUAGAAAUCAAAAUAAUAAACUGUUCUGAAGUGAUCAGAAACAGUUGCCUAGAAAUCAAAAUAUUAAACUCUUCGGAAGUGAUCAAAAACAGUUGCCUGGAAAUCAAAAUAUUAAACUGUUCGGAAAUGACUGAAACAGUUGCCUGGGAAUCAAAAUAUUAAACUCUUCAGAAGUGAUCAAAAACAGUUGCCUGGAAAUCAAAAUAUUAAACUGUAAAAGGUUUGAAGACUUCUUGAGCCUGUAGGAUUGUUUCCAUCAACUAUAUUAUACAAACAGUAUUUAUGUAACUCUCUUGUGCCAAGUUUAACUGUCAGUAGUAACUAGUAUCUGGUAGUUUUAAACGGCUGCAGAUAUGAAAUGCAUGAACUAUUUAUGAACUUCUGUGUGAUGUUUUAUUAUCAUAAAGGAAUUUUAAAUGGCAGUGAGUAUGCUUGAGUUCCACCAGGAACUAUAUAAUUUUUAUUAUAUUAUUUAUUACAUAAUGAUAAAGUUUGUGCCUCUGCAGAUACAUAUGACAGCUAAGCUGAAAAUUUGUCUUAAAUUAUCUUCUCUGAAUACAUCCCGGUUGCGAGGCUGUUGAAUAGUUCGUAUCACCUGACUCAACAAUAUAAGUGGUUUGUAAUUUGUAUUUCCUAAUUUAUGUGAAAGUUAUGCUUUAAUUACUGGUAUUGUACACUCACAGACUAGCACCACACACACACACAUACACACACACACACACACACACACACACAUAUACACACACAAACACACACACACACAUACACACACAAACAGAGACACAACAAAUAUGCAUAAUUAUGUAUUUCUGGCUUAGCUAAUUCACAUGUAAUUCGCAGUUAACUAUGACACAGCAUACAUUAAAACCAAUUUCCAACAAGGUGGUGUGUGUUAAAAUUCUGUAUUAAUAACAUGACACAGAGAUUCCUGUAAGGAUGUGUGUGAUAAAUUUUUGUAUAACAUGAGAAAUAAAUAACAAACCCAGA